AUUAUUGCUGACUCGGCAGCUAAGUGGGCGUGGUCUUGGCCCAGAAACGGGGCGUUCUGGCGAUAUUAAUUUUUAUGUUAAAACCGAGAGAAUGGCGACAAAAAAGAUAAGGGCCAGGACACUUGGGAGAACUACUUCAGUGCCUGGUGGCCCUCAAGUUUUGGAGGUGAUUCUUCAUGAGGGCUGGUGUGUCAAGGAGAGUGGUACGGCAUUCCUGGGAAAGACCAACUGGAGGAAGAGGUGGUUCAAACUAGUGCAGAGGGGACCUACGGUCUCUCUCGAAUAUUUCAAGAGUCGUGGUGACAGAAAUCCAGCAGGUUCCGUCAGAUUGGACGUCACAUACUCUACCCGACAGAUAGAGAACCGCGAGAAGUCACAGUCCAAUUGCUUUGCCGUGGGUCCACUGGUUGAUGAUGGUGCUAUCAGAACUUACUACAUCAGCUGCUCCUCCCUUCAGUCAAUGGAAGAGUGGCUGACAGUAAUUGAUGCAGCCAUUCAGGGAGUUCCAGAGCUGGCUCAGCGGAGGAGGCAAACCAUCAGCCAUCAGUUCUCCAUCAGGAAUAACUCAAGGAGAGUGGUGUCCCGGUCACUAAGCACUGCAGAUUCACUCGGAGACAUUGAAGAGAGGGCUCUCGACCUUUCAACCAGUGCAGCCACGCCUAACCAAGCAACGUCUUCGCUGGGAGCAACUGUCGAUUCAGGGAUCCAGCACGAGGACCUGAGUGAUGACGAGGUGUGGGAGAGUGUGGAGGGUGAGGUGAGCGAAGAGGAGGGAGAAGAAGUGGACGGGGCCUCAGUCUCGAUCAAGAAGAGGUACUGUACUACAGACAGUGACCUCAAACCAGCAGCUCGCCUGAGUGCAUAUGACAGUAACUCAUGGAGGAUAGAGCACUGGCUGAAACUUUGUCAUGCUGCGGCCACCCUGAAAUGGAGCAAAGUGGACACAAAGGAUGGCGUCACCGUUUCCAGGUGCAAAUUUGGACGGGGUAAUGGCGGUAAUGCCGUGAUUAAAGUGGAAGGUGUUCUACAGGCGAACCCUAGCACUGUGUAUCAGUUUAUGCAACUGAGCACGCGGGAAGGAGGGAAGUUGGAUUACCUGUUUAGGAAUGAACAAAUUCUUCACUUAUUGGAAGACGAUCCAGCUGGCUCAGUCAUCUUUAACCAAUUCCUACUGCCCCUCCCGAGGGUAUCCAAGAGAGACGUUGUGGCCAUGAAGAUCUGGGUGCCUCAGUACCUCUCACAGGACGAGUCGUCAGGCAUGGUAAUGUUCUCUGUGGACCAUCCUGACGCCACCCAGCCUGAAAGGGACUCAAAAAGAAUUAAUAUCAAGCCAUCCGGCCUCAUACUAAAGUGCUAUCCUGGACCAGGUGGUGCAGUGCAUACAAAGAUGACCAUUCUUGUUCAAAUUGCUCUCUAUGGAGCUCUACACAGAAUGCUGAAAGGAGCUUAUAACUCAGGGCUGUUAAAGCUAGGAAUUCGAUCCACCUUUGUGCACAUCAAAGAACAAUUAGAAAAGUUUGUACAGAUAACAAGCAUCUGACUUUUAACUCAUAAUUGAAAAGCUAGCUGUGGGAGAAUUUAUCUGGAUAUAUAAUUUUAUAGAUAUGUUUUUGUUCCAUUGCACAUGCAUGGCGAUGCAUGUCUGUUUUUAUUGCAAUUAACUAUUAUUA